GCAAGAUAACGGGCAUUUGACAGUACAUCAAACUUGGGCAAGUUCACUGUAGUUUAAGCUUUGUUUAUCCCGUGACGUUUUCCAAAUCUAAGCAACUUGGAAAUAUUUGACUUAAAAGUUUUGUAAGCCUUUGAUUAUAGUUGCAAAAUGCGUCUGUUGGUUCUGUGCGCGUUUGUUAUUCUGGUGCCGCUGCUGUGCGAUGCGCGGAUCAUUAAGCGUUACGUGAUCGGCUGUCCGGAGCGCUGUGAUAAGAGUCUCUGUCCGCCCAUACCGCCCGACUGUCUGGCCGGAGACAUCCUGGACCAGUGCGACUGCUGCCCGGUGUGCGCGUCCGGCGAGGGUGAGUCCUGCGGCGGCACGGGGAAGCUGGGAGACCCGGAGUGUGGAGAAGGUCUGGAGUGCGCUGUGUCUGAAGGAGUUGGAGCAACGACCACCGUGAGACGGAGAGGAAAGACCGGCGUCUGUGUGUGUAAGAGUUCUGAACCGGUCUGCGGCAGUGAUGGGGUGUCCUACAGGAACAUCUGCGAACUCAAGAGGGUCAGUAACCGGGCGCAGAAGCUCCAGCAGCCCCCCAUCAUCUUCAUCCAGAGAGGAGCCUGCGGGAAAGGCCACGAGGAGAAUCCAGAUAGUCUCCGGCACAGAUAUAACUUCAUCGCUGAUGUGGUGGAGAAGAUCGCUCCAGCUGUGGUUCACAUUGAGUUAUUCCGCAAAAAUGUGUUCAAUCGGGAAGUGGCGGUGGCCAGCGGCUCUGGUUUUGUGGUGUCAGAAGAUGGUCUGAUUGUAACUAAUGCUCAUGUGGUAGCCAACAAACAUCGGGUGAAGGUCGAACUGAAGACAGGAACCACCUAUGAUGCCAAAAUCAAAGACGUGGAUGAGAAAGCAGACAUCGCUCUCAUCAAAAUAGACGCCCCGAUGAAGCUCCCAGUAUUGUUGUUGGGCCGAUCAGCUGAUUUGAGACCAGGUGAAUUUGUGGUGGCAAUCGGCAGUCCGUUCUCCCUUCAAAACACAGUGACCACAGGCAUCGUCAGCACCACUCAACGAGGUGGCAAAGAGCUGGGCUUGCGCAACUCUGACAUGGACUACAUCCAGACAGAUGCCAUCAUCAACUAUGGUAAUUCUGGAGGGCCGCUGGUGAAUCUGGAUGGUGAAGUGAUAGGAAUCAACACGCUGAAGGUGACCGCAGGAAUAUCCUUCGCCAUUCCCUCUGACAAGAUCCGACAGUUCCUGGCCGAGUCUCACGACAGGCAGGCUAAAGGAAAAACAGCCACAAAAAAGAAGUAUAUCGGUGUGAGAAUGAUGACGUUAACUCCAACACUUGCUAAGGAGCUAAAGCAGAGAAAAAACGAUUUCCCAGAUGUCACCUCUGGUGCUUACGUCAUUGAAGUUAUUCCUAAAACACCAGCUGAAGUGGGUGGUUUGAAGGAGAGUGACGUCAUAAUCAGCAUUAACGGUCAGAGGAUCACAUCAGCCAGUGACGUCAGCACAGCCAUCAAGACAGACGAGAGCCUGAGAGCAGUGGUACGACGUGGGAAUGAAGAUAUCAUCCUCACCAUCAUUCCUGAGGAGAUCGACCCUUGACCACCCUUACGCUCACCAUGAGCUGGUUCUCAGACUUUUACUGAGAGUGUGUCUGGAGCCGCACUCAAUCUAGAAAUCAAUCAUAAUGAACACUUUCAAACCCAACCAUCAUCCAAACUUAGAACAGCAAAUGUCCUUUGUUUUUUGCCUUUUCUCAUAUAUGAAGCCAUUUUCUGUUUAUUCAUCAGCAUACCAUCUUAGAAUAAGUCUUUUGUAAAUAGAUAUGAGAAUUUUGUGCUGGGUAGUUACUUUCUGCAAGUAUUUUUUUGUUGUUGUUUAAAGGAAUGCUUCCAUUUUUAAAAUAACUUCCCUAGAGUUAAACAGUUUUACCUUUUUUUUUAAUCCACUGAGCCGAUCUUUGGGUAUAGGGGGAGCACUUUUGCUUUAGCUUAGCAUAAAUCAUUGAAUUUGAUUAGACCAUUAGCAUCUUAUUUAAAAAAUUAUUUAGAUAGUCAAGCAUUACAUAAGAAAAUUAUUGACAUAAUUAUGAUAAAAUUAUCGAAUGAGAUGCUAAUGGUCUAAUGUGAUUUAAUGAUUUAUGCUAAGCUAAGCUAAAAGUGCUCCUUGGAGAUCGGUUAAAUGGAUUAACUCUAGGGGAUUUCCUAGCCUAUUUCCAAAAAAGUGGAGUGUUUCUUUAAAGGCAUCUAAUGUCGAGUUCAGACUGCAUGAUUUUCAAAGUAGCUGUGUCACAGAUGUUUUCACACUGCAUGACUAUCUGGGCUAGCGAUUUGUUGCUGCUUUGUUUAUACUGCAAGAUGGAUCGGCGAAGUGUUUCACACCGCAUGACUUUAAAAUAAGAAGAAUCGCCGACAACUUUGUCCAAACUACGUCUCACAACUAAACACGUACGAAAAGUGACAUGGAAACAACACAAGGUCACGUAGUAUAUCUUUUGUUAUUAACUACAUAAUGAGAUAGAAGCAUUUAGAGAGGUAGAAAAUGUACUUAUUUUGCUCACCUGGCAUUGAAGGGAAUUGGCAAUUUCUCCUCAACUUUUUUCUGUUUUGACCCAGUUGUGAUAUUGCUCAGAUGACACGUCAAACAGACACACGUCCUACCAAAUUUCCACUAGUUUUUCCUCCAUUUCUUGGGUCCAAAUAAACUGAAAAUAACAACUUUCCACUUCCCCAACCACCCGCUGGCCUGAAGAUACCCAUACUAGUGGGUGCCGCUCUCUCGUUGGCUGUAGGUAAUUGUCAAUGUUAUUUUCAGUCAGAGCACAUUUCACACGGCAUAAUUUUGAAUCGGCAACAGCUCCAGAUUUGUAGCAUGAUAAAUAUCCCACAGGCGUCGGCGACUCAUCUGCGAUUCUCUCAGAUUGUGUCUUUGAUAGUUCACAGUGUGUGAUUGUUACUCACGUGAACAAGCACCAAUUUGUCUGUGAUUUUAGGCAUUUGUUGGCGAUUUCUCAAAACCUGUCGGCGACUCAAAAUCGGGACUAAAAUCAUGCAGUCUGACCUCUGCAUAAUAGACGUCUAAAACAGUGACAACUUGGCUAAUGCAAGGCUAACUUCAGGCUGUCAGUAAAAAUCUAAUAGAUGUCUAACAGUAGUUCAAAAACAGACAGGAAUGAAUGAAUGCACAUGUGAAGUUUGUCUAAUAUGUCUAAUCUGAUUACUUGUUUUAGCCAAGAUGCCUGUGUUUAUACAUUUAUAUGAUGUCUUUUAAUUAAAAGAAUGCUUGAUAGGCUGACAAAUGUAUAUAUUUUCUUUUUUGUUCCAAAACCUAGUGAGCUGCUUUCGAUAGUUCGAUUUGGUGUGGUUUCACAGGUAUAUUUUAAUUUCCAGUUACUUAAACGUAUAUCUACAAACAAACAAACAAAAAAUCAGUGCAAUUAAACAUAAAUGGUUUAUUCAACGUGUGUGCUUAUGUGUGCUAUAUAUAGUUCGCCCAAAAGAUUACUUAUGUUUACUCACCCUCAAGUGGUUCCAAACCUUCACGAGUUUCUUUAUUCUGUUAAAGAUAAAGAAGGUAUUUUAAAGAAAGCUGAAAACCUGUAACCAUUGGCAUCCAUGAAUAAAUACUAUGGAAGUCAAUGGUUACAGUGGUUUCCAGGUUUCUUCAAAAUAUCUACUUUUCUGUUCAACAGAAAAAAAGUUAAACAGGUUUGAAAUAAGCGACCCAGUAAACAAUAACAGAAUUGUCAUGUUUGCUUUUAAAAUGCCUCCCAGAUUGAAUCAUGGGGAAAGCUGGGAAAAGACUAAGUAAAUUGGGUCAGAUAAGCAUAUUUUAGAAGAGCUAUUGUUCAUACAUGAACAUACAGACAAAGGAUUGAUUCAUGCUUGAAUAGUACAGUAUAUAAAAACAACACUGCAUAGAAUGCCACAGUAAGCCCAAAAAAGCUGUAGUUUAUCCAUCCUGAAAGAUGACUAAGUGGAAUCCCGAAACAUGAACAGGCUCGUUCUGAACAAUAUGGUUUUCACAUUAUUUGUACUGUAUUAACAUUGUUAUAGAAAUAUUGCCUUAUUAAAGCAAAAUAAAUUACAACAAUUUUCCUGUUUUAAAUCAAAAGUCAAAGAGUAAACGGAUGAAUAAAACAUUUUUUAAGGAUAAAACAUCCUUAAACAUUUUCUUUCCAGAAAUAGAAUGUGUUUUAGAUAUAAUUAUUCAGUUUGAUACUAUUUUUACAGCAUCUCUGAGAUGUAUGUGUGCUAUAUUGCUAUUAGCUUAGCAUAGUGGUAUGUGCGCUAUUUUGUUAUUAGCUUAGCAAAACUGGCUAAUCAAUCAGCCAGGUCUAUGUUUAGCACAGUUACACAACAACCCUAGAAGGCUUCUACCUAUGUAGUAGACAGCAAGGCUGACUAGGUUUUGGAACAACGCCUGUAUUUCGUCCUGAUGUAUAGCAAGGCAUCACAAAGUGGUGUUGUCUGUAUUCAACUUUCUUUUUUAUAUAUAUAUAUAUAUUUAUGCUCGAAUCUCACACUUAACAUCAUUUGAAAAAGGACUGUGGUCCAUUAGAGGAUGACUUUUAUCUCUGAAUACCUUCUCCUCGUUAAAUGUUUCUGUGUCUGUGUUUGUCAGACGCCAGUUUCGGAAACGAAAUUAAAGAACGUAAUGUUUUUAA